AUGCUGAAAUAUCGAAACGAUACUUCCUUAUUGAGAUCAACUUUGAUUCCUAUCAAACAACAAGAUGAGACAGUACUCCCACUCUAUGAGAAUGCGACCACGUCUAUCAGUGCCUUUGUGGAUCAUAUUCUCAAUCAGGGAGAUGACAUUGCUCAUGUCAUGAGCAAUGAAGAUUUUGUGACAUUUAACAAAACGAGAGCCAAUUAUCCACUUCUUUUCUUUUACCUUAAUAGAAGAGAAAUGACAACAGCAUUUGAUUUCUUUUGUACUUCUUAUAUAGCAAGUUCUAAGAGUGACAUUAAUCGUAUUGGGGAAAUCUUAUUUGGAGUGUGUGGCUCACUAUUAGGUCUCUAUUUUAUAUUUUGUUUAUUUUUCAUUGUCAUAAUGCGCAAUCACUUGUUACAAUUUAACCAACUUGUAAAAUUCACCACUCUUCCCAAAGAUGAAACAGGAAAAUUCUAUCACCAAUUGGAAAAAGAAAUGACUGAUCCUUUCAGAGAAAAUUCUUCUCGUGUUACACCUUCCAUUGUUUUCACACUUCUCACCAUCAUGACCAUGUUAUUCGUCUUUGCAUCAAGCAUUUGCCUUCUCAUGGAAUUCUAUUCCAAUGACAUCAAAACAUCAUCCACCAUGAAUACUGUUAAUUUGCUCAAUACAGUCAUGAGAACUUCCAUGAGAGUCACUUUUCGAUUAUUGGAAAUGGUUCGAAAAAGUAAUCUCAUGCUCCUCCCAUGGAAUGUGGUUCGAGACGACAAUGCCGAGGAACUUAUAAAUUGCAUAUUGUGUUGGAAAGAAAUUGUAGUAGGAGGAAAUGAAACGAAUUACAAAUCACCGGUGAAAGGUCUGAGUUCAGAAAUUGAUUCGCUGUUGGUGGGAAAUUCUUUGACCAUUUGUCAAAAAUUGUUGAACACUACUACCACCAAUACCACGACUACUCUGAAUGAUUCAGUCAACAACAACAACAUUUCACUCAAUGACACUCUCACUCUUACUCACAUCAAGUAUGAUUGUUUGGGAAUGGACAAAUUAGUGACCUCAUUCAUUGAUACCUCCACAGAAUAUAAUCAUUACUUUUACAAUGGAUUUUAUGAUCAACAGACAGCUCUUCGUUUCUUCGUUUAUAUUUUAAUGACAUUUACUUUUUGGCUGUUUCACUCUCUGAGAAACUUUUUAAAUUUAUUUCUACCUAUGUGA